AUGAAUGGUAUUGACAUAAAGGUAGACCGAUAUCAAACAAAAUUAAUUCAUUCGCAUUAUUUAUGAUUAGCAUUUUCAAAACAAAUUGGUUUAAGAGAUCUAAUGGUCGUAAGGAAAGUUUUUCAAUCGACUCGUAAAAUAAUCUGCUGAGAAUGCCUGUUUGUGUUUGUAAUACAUUGUGGACAUUGACAUGUAUUGUAGCAGUAAUUGUGUUUUAUCAUUUUACAACAAUAUUUGUUUGGACAGUAACAACUGGAUUAGUUGCGCUAAUCUUAUUUCUCGUAAUUAGUGAAGAUAACCAUGGUAACUAUUGUUUAAGAGCUGGAAUAUUUGGAUCAUUGGCUGCUGUUGUUUUUGUGGUUGUGGUACCCAUGUUGGCAAAGGGUUUACUAUAUGGAUACACUUUCACAACAUGUUACUUCAAUGAAUGUUGCGACGACAACUGGAUCUCUCCAAAUAUCAGUGGCCUUUCAUUCCAACUUAACAAAAAGUUGUACGGUCAACACCUAGUGAUUGGUCCUUUGGUGAAACAUCUAAGAGGUCAUGUUGAAGGGCAACAUCAAAAAGCAACAAUACUUUCUUUACAUGGUCUGCCUGGAACGGGGAAAAACUUCGUGAGUCGCAUGGUGGCACAAAACAUGUAUGUCAAGGGAAUGGAAAGUAAAUACGUUCAUCUCCUUUCAGCAACGAAAGAUUUUCCUCAUGAAAGUAUGCUAGAGGAAUACAAGGAGAAAUUGAAAUUGAAGAUAGAAACAGCUGGUAAAGAAUGUUCGAUGUCAGUCUUUAUCAUUGAUGAAAUGGAUAAAUUACUUCCUGGUUUGAUUGACACUAUCCGCCCUUACGUUGAUUACUACGACCACGUGGAAGGAACAUACUAUAAGAAACUCCUGUUUCUCUUCUUAAGUAACACGGGCGGAGACAGCCUUGCUAAACAUGCUGUACAAAAUAAUGCUCGUGGAUAUGACAGAAGAGAUUUGAGACUAAAGGAUAUGGAAGAAAUUGUACGGACGUCAUCGUUACAUGAACCGAAUGGUAUGGUGAACAGUAGCAUCGUCAAGAAUAGCCUUAUUACCGCUUAUAUCCCAUUCCUACCAUUGGAAAGGAAACAUGUUGAAAAAUGCAUUGUAGACGGACUAUUUGCAAGAGAAUUUUAUGCGCAUGAAUACCAAGUAGAUUAUGAAUUAGUGAAAACAAUUGCAGACGAAAUGUUGUACUUUCCUGAAUUCAAUAAGUUAUUUUCAACAACUGGUUGCAAACGUGUUAUGGAGAAAAUUGAUUUGAUUAUGUUGGAAGAGGCAUAAAAUUUGACAUUUUUAUGUGACUGUUUUGUUAGAUUUGACUUUCAUUUUGUUUAAACAUUAUAUUUUUUUAUUUCUCAGAAUAUAUAAAUUCUCUUGUAAUUCUGUUAAAAAAUUGCUUUCCAUGUAUCUUCUGUUUGUGUUUUAUUUUUUAUAUAUAAUUUUAUGUAUACAUGUAAAGAUGAGACUGAAAUAAAUAAACUUACAACAGGUGACAUGUUCAGUUACCAAGUAAUGGCCACCUGCAUUCAUCAUAAUUGUGUCUUUAUCUGUACAUAAAUGUUAUAAUUUGUUGUUGUUUUUUAUAUAAAAUGUCGAAAAGAAUUGGAAUUUUUUGUUAAAUGAUUCCUGUUUUGGUUAACAUUUUGAUCUUGAAGUUAUCUUAAGCUUUAUCUAUACAAUAAUGUUAUGUAAAACAUUUAGGUCCAGUACUU